ACAUUUUCAAUGUUUAUAUAUUAAUAUAAAAUAAUAAUUUCAACGACAGGGAUAUCUGUUGAUCUUUUUUGUAAACUCGAAACUGCCGAUACAUUCAAGUAAUGAUGAUCUCGCCGUGUUUUGUGUUUCUAAGGAAAAUAAUUUAUUAAGAAAUAUAAUGAUUGUUUAAUUAAAUUACAUAUAUGUAUAUGUAAUCUUAAUAAUCAUUUUUUUUAAAUAAAACAAACAGAUAAGUACACUACGUUAUAAAAAUAAUAUUUCUUGGAAAGAACUUGCGUUGAUAUAAUUCUUAGAAAAAUGACGGCACCAGAGGCAAUGCAAGUUAGUUCAUUACCCUUACCACCUUUACAAUACAUCAAUUUAUAUACAGAUGAAAAUAUUCAUCGUGGAAGGGCACCUAAGCCUCCACCUCCAGCUCAUGAUAGUUAUUCUAUGUUCGGGAAUGUAUUUAAUGCCGACGAUAGUAUCAUCAGACCCUUGGAAGCUCAAGGAAUCAAAAGAUUAUAUCCUCAACACUUUGAUCGACGACGUGAAUUAAAAAAACUUAACCAUUCUUUGCUGGUUAACUUUUUAGAUUUAAUAGAUUUAUUGGUGCAAAGUCCUGACAGUCCAAGGCGUGCAGAAAAAGUAGAAGAUUUAAGUUUACUAUUCAUACAUAUUCAUCAUCUUUUAAAUGAGUUCAGACCACAUCAAGCAAGAGAAACUUUAAGAGUUAUGAUGGAAUUACAGCGUAGACAGCGCUUAGAAACAUCAUUAAGAUUUCAAAAGCAUCUCGAGAAAGUUCAACAGAUACUACAGCAUGCUUUACAAAUGCUUCCGGAUACUUCAGAAUUAGAUUCCAAGCUUGCAAUUAAUAUUGAUGCGAUGGAAUCUAUCGAUACCUUAGGCUCUGAGCAACAAAAUAUGGAUACAUGUAGUCAAAGUGAUCGUAUUAUGUGUAAGACGAUAGAUGAUAUGAUAGCGUCCAAUAAUUUAUUCUAGGAUAUAAAUGUAGUGUUAUUUUUUAAAAUAAUUGUAUUAUAUUAUUCAUAUAAAAUGCUACUUUAUACAUAGUUAUUAAAUAUUUCCUUUUAUAAAU